GACGCGCUAGGGAAGAAGGACCCAAGGCGGGGACUUGCCUGGGUAGCAGCGGCCUCAGGCCGGGAGAGCGAGCGCCCCCAGGCAGGGGCGGCCCGCUCCCCCAGUGACCGCGGCGUCGGGCCCUUCGGGAACUAGCGCUCAGGCUCCGGCGGAGCGUACCGGGGCGGUAACUGGCCGCAAAUGUGGAGGAGCCGACGUGCCUAGUAACCCCGCCGGGGUGCGUUUGCCAUGGUAACGCGCAGGCGCCUGCCCGUCGGCUGCGCUGUGCGCGCAUCGCUCCCUCUGGUGUGAUGGGCACGGCCUGAAGCCUGCGCUUACGCGGGCACAUUUACGUGGUCUAGUUUCCUUAGUCUCCUCUCCUCUGCAACUACCAGGAACUCUCCAUAAAAAAAAAAAGAAGAGCAGAAAUGGAGGAUGGGAAAGGCUCCUCCAAAGCUAGCCCCCAAAGUAUUGGAAAAAAGAAAAAGUACUAUUGUUGCUACAAUGACAACUGGUGUAGAGACCCUGACUAUAAAAACUGGCUUCGCAAAGUCGACGAAUUUACAGCAGAAUGCAUUUUGUGUCAUCAAGCAUUUUCCAUUAAAUAUGAAGGAAGACGAGCGAUUAACAUCCAUGCAGAAUGUACAAAACACAAGGAGGCUGUGAAAAAUCGGAAACAAACACCUCAGAUUGCAUCCUUUUUUAUUAAAAAAAAUGACACACCUCCCGAAAAUCUAGUGACAGCAGCAGAAAUUGGAGAAACGUACCAUGGCGUUAUUCAUCAUUUAAGUUAUGCUAGUCAGUGUGGUAACAAUAUGUUUCCAAGGUUUCUACCAGAUUCUGAAAUUGCAAGAAGAAUGUCUUGUGGACGGACAAAAGCAACUAGUAUUACUGAGAAUGUUUUGGCACCAAAAUCACAAGAACUUUUGCUUAAUAAUCUUGAAUUAGCAGGAUUUUUUUCAGUUGGAUCAGAUGCCGCUAAUAAGGGAAAUAGGAAGUUUUUUCCAAUAACUGUUCGUUAUUUUUCCAAGACAGAUGGGAUUAAACAUGGCUUGCUUGAUUUUUACCGUGAUAACGAUGAGUCAAGUGAGGCCAUUGCUGCACGCAUUUCAAAUAUUUUAGAAGAAAAUGGCCUUAGUAUAAAUUGUGUGUCAUCUUAUGUAGCUGAUAAUGCAUCUAUUAAUUUUGAGAAACACAGGUCAGUUUAUCAGAAGCUUAAACAACUGAACAGCAGAAUAAUUGAGGUUGGAUGCAAGUGCCAUGUAAUUCAUAACUGUAUUAAAAAUGGUAUGAAAGCUUUGAGUUUUGAUGUUGAAAGUCUUGUCCUGAAAGUGUAUAGCGAGUUCUCUUCCUCUGCUAAAAAGGCAGAAUCUCUCAGUUCAUUUUUUGAAUUUGUAGAAAUUGAGUACAAGGAACUUCUGCAUCAUGUACCAACUAGGUGGUUGUCCCUUCUGCCUGCCGUAGAACGAGUUCUACAGUGCUGGUCUGCAUUAAAGGCAUAUUUCAUAUCAGAGGGGGAAGAAGAAUGUGUUAAGAUUAUAUGGGAAGCAUUCAGUGAGGAUGAGCAGCGGUCUCUCCCUCUUUGUUAUGUUUACUUUCUGCAUAACCUAAUGGGAGUAUUUUAUGAAGCACUCAAAAAGCUAGAAUGCAAUAAUGCCAGCUGUACAGAAUUAGAUUCUGUUAUGCAAGGUCUUCAUUCUAAAUUAAAGAGAAGGAAAGAGGACAAGUUCUAUGGAAGAUCAGCUCAGGCUAUUUUGUGCAAUGUCUCUCCAUCUAACAAGAUGAAAUUUAAGGAGGAAGCAGAUAAGGCAUUGUCAAGAUGCAUUGUGUAUCUUGAGAAAUGGUAUGAUUUCAAGACAUCUGUUUUUAAACAAAUGUCAGUCCUCUCAUUGGACAAUGAAGUAAAAUGGUCUGAUCUUGAAAAGCUGGCUGAAGUUCUUUGCAUUGAGAUUGAUUUUGACAAGCUGUUUGAGGAUUACUGUAUUUUACAACAAAUAAGAAGAGAAAUAAUUUCAAAGGAGCAAAAAAUAGAUCAAAGAUGGGUAGAAGUUUUCAAACAAAUUCCAGAAAGUGGAAAUAGCCAACUGUUUAAACUUGUAUCAUUCACACUUUCAAUUCCAGUCUCAAACGCCUACUGUGAACGGGUCUUCAGCUUAAUGACUCAGCUUUGGAGCAAAGAAAGAAACAGACUGAGUGAAAGUGUUGUGAAAGCAGAGUUACAGGUACAACUGAAUUAUAGUAUGUCAUGUGCUGACUUUUAUGAAUAUGUCAAAAAGUCUCCAGAGUUGCUCAAAGCAGCAAGAAGCCAACUGAAGUACAGAUUUAAGAAGAAAAACUCUGAGCAAAAGCACUCUGCUAUAGGAGAACCAACUUCUAUGAUGUAAAUACAAUAAUGUUUGACUUAAGUCUAAUCAAUGAGUUUUUACUAUACUGUUUCUGUCAUUUUAUAAUGGUAUGGUAUUUUCUGUAUUUGUAAAUAAUAGAAUUAACUAAUGCACAUGUACACACAAAUAUGUAUACAUGCAUUAACAAAGUAACAUAAACCCAAACUUGCUGUUUAAAAAUAAGAUUUAAAUUACAACUGGAGAUUUUACAAUAUUGUUUGUUUAUGCAGUCUAUAUACUAUUAUAAAAGGAGAGGCGUCCAUCACACCAUCUGUCACAGAGAACAUUUGAGAAGACUUGAGAAGUUUCUAGGGGGAGGCAGACCUACAGCCCUGCCCCCACCACAGGGAGUGGGGUAGAAGGAGAAGCAGCCAGCCCAAGCCUCCUGGGCUCUGGGAGCAGCAGGGAGGGAGGAGGUCCUGCAGCCGGAGCCAGACCAAGCCUCCCUACCACGAGGAGGGGAAGAGUGCGCACGCGCCUCGGCAUCCCUGGAGCAGCGGGCAGGGAAGAAGCUGCACAGCCCAAGCUCCCUGCCCCUGGGAGCAGCGGGGAGGAAGGAGGCCAUGUGUAUAUCUAUCGUCACAAGGGGACAGGUAAUGCUAGUGUGCUUAAAAUGUGAAAUUAUGAUUCAUAAAAUGCUCCUUAUUUCCACCAAAGGCAAACGAUAGUUCUGUAGUGAAUGAGUUUUAGAUCCACUAUUAAUGCCAUUAUAUCAUGUGACGAAACCUCCUGGAAUAGACCCAAAAAGCUGGCAAUCCUAUGUUUACCCUGUGCUACAUGUAUCCCGAGCUGGAUGUUCCCGCUCACCUCAACUUGCAUCUUAUCAACUCAGGCUUUAUUUCAUGUAAUACGUAAGCCUGAGCCAAAGUAAAUACAUUUUGUGGUCAUAAAAAUGUUUAGUUAUUUCAUAUAAUGUCUGUUUCAGCCUGCAUUAUUACUAAUAAACAGUCUGAUAAUUUUAUUUUUCCUGCCCCAUUUAAACAUCACUCACCCACUGUGCAAAAAAACAUGAGGCAACCUUUAGAAAUGCCUCCCUAAU